GUGGUGAUUUUAACCUUGGAGACAUCAACUGGAAAUCUGAGUCUCCAGAACUCUUAAGUGAAAUCAAUUCCUUACAUCAUAAGAAACUUCUCCAGACACUUGACGACUUCUCCCUUACACAACACGUCACGUUACCUACUCGUCCAGCUUCUAACAAAACCUUGGACUUGUUACUGUCUUCAUUCCCUAAUAAUGUAUCUAAUGUUUCGACCACGUCAGGAAUGAGCGACCAUUUGGCCGUCCUUUUUAACAUCGAUGUCGCGGCUACUAGAUCGUUCAAACCUCCACACAAAGUUUUCAUCUAUAAGAAAGCUGAUUUCACAAAGCUUAAUGAAUUUAUGUCACAUGCAUCGGAAAACUUUUUCCUAUCUAGUCCUCAACAUAACUCUGUAUCUGAAAACUGGUUAAAAUUUAAAUUAACCUUGAUAAAAGGUAUUCAAGAUUAUGUUCCUCACAAGAAAUCUACGCCUAAGUAUAAACUUCCAUGGAUAACCUCUGUUAUCAAACGGCACAUGCGGCUGAAAGAUCGCCUACAUAAAAAGGCUCUCAAAUCUCACAAACCUAAACACUGGGAUGAGUUCAAGAAAGAACGGAACUUAGUCUCUCGUCUCGUCAAACAAUCUCACAGUAGUUAUCUGAAUGACGUUAUUGGCGCAAGCUUAGAUACCAAUCCAAAGAAAUUCUGGUCGUAUGUACGUACAAGUAAAUCUGAAAGCUCUGGCAUACCUCCUUUAAAAUUCAACGACAAGUUAUGUGUUUCUGAUAAAUCAAAAGCUGACGCCCUUAACUCCCAGUUCCAUUCAGUAUUCACCCGUGAGAAUGCUCCAAUUCCAAAUAAAGGUCAAUCUCCAUACACCUCCAUCUCAGAUUUGAUCAUCAACUCCCAAGGUGUAGCCAAGCAACUCUCUGAACUUAACCCCAGUAAGGUCUGUGGUCCUGAUGAAAUCCCAGCUAGAAUCCUUAAAGAACUUUCUCCAUCAAUUUCGCACUGGCUUUGUUUCAUUUUCCAACAAUCCUAUGAUUCUGGUACACUUCCACCUGACUGGUCAAAGGCCCUUGUUUCUGCUGUUUUUAAAAAGGACUUAAAAUCCAACCCAGCCAACUACCGUCCAAUCUCUCUGACGUGUCUGUGUUGCAAAGUCAUGGAACAUAUCAUUCUUAGCCAUGUUUCAAAGCACUUAGCAUAUCAUGAUAUUCUAAUUAAUGAACAACACGGAUUUCGCAAACUAUUUUCGUGUGAGACUCAACUAAUUACGGCAAUCAACGAUUGGGCAAAAAGUAUCAACCAGAAGAAACAAACCGAUGUGAUUCUCUUAGACUUCAGUAAAGCCUUUGAUUCUGUUCCUCAUCUUCGUCUGAUGUCCAAAUUAGACCAUUAA